UGGGAAGCAGGGGAGGGCAGUGGGAAAAAUGCACACCCAGACACGGAGCUAGUCGGACCAGAAGCAGAACUGCCCCUGGCACACGAAAGAGUCCGGCUGCAGGGAAAGGGGAGUGGAAAUUUACAGCUGCUUUGAGUGCGCGUGUGUGUGUGCGUGUGCAUGCUCGGGCGUUCAUUUCUGCUAACGCUUUUCCAGAGGGUAACACUUGCUCCGCAGGAGAGGCUGAAUUCUGGAAUCUGCUUUCUCUGCCACGUGUCAGCGAGAAGGAAAAGCUGCCAUUAAAUGGGAGAUAACUGAAAAGCACCUCUGGCUGGCCGCGCUGGCAGAGAGCUGUCUUCAGCACCUCGCCAUGGAGCUGCGCUUCGCCGCUUAGGCACGCCUGGCGGUCUCUGCACGCAGUUUAAGGCAGUCCUCUUCUAUACUGAAAGAAGAAAUCCAGGUGAAGAAAAAACAUGCCUUUGUUUAGUAAAUCGCACAAAAAUCCUGCUGAGAUUGUGAAAAUUCUGAAAGAAAACAUGGCCAUAUUGGAAAAACAAGAAAAAAAAACAGACAAGGCAUCAGAGGAAGUAUCAAAAUCCCUUCAAGCAAUGAAGGAAAUUCUUUGUGGGACCACGGACAAGGAGCCACCUACAGAAGUAGUGGCUCAGCUGGCACAAGAAUUAUACAACAGUGGCCUUCUGGUGACGCUUAUUGCCAACCUGCAGCUGAUAGAUUUUGAGGGCAAAAAGGACGUUUCCCAGAUAUUUAACAACAUCUUGAGAAGACAAAUUGGCACACGCAGCCCUACUGUGGAAUACAUUAGCGCCCAUCCACAUAUCCUAUUCAUGCUUCUAAAAGGAUACGAAUCCCCAAAUAUUGCCUUACGCUGUGGAAUUAUGCUGAGAGAGUGUAUCCGGCAUGAACCAUUAGCCAAAAUCAUACUUUUUUCGGAACAAUUCAGAGACUUUUUCAAAUAUGUGGAAAUGUCAACGUUUGAUAUAGCUUCUGAUGCCUUUGCUACAUUCAAGGACCUGUUAACAAGGCACAAGUUGCUGGUAGCAGAAUUUCUGGAACAAAACUAUGAUACAAUCUUUGAGGAUUAUGAAAAGCUCAUUAAUUCUGAGAAUUACGUAACAAAGAGACAAUCUUUGAAGCUUCUGGGUGAAUUGAUUCUGGACCGACACAAUUUUGCCAUCAUGACAAAAUACAUCAGCAAACCAGAGAAUCUGAAGCUGAUGAUGAACUUGCUGCGAGAUAAAAGCCCCAACAUUCAAUUUGAAGCAUUCCACGUGUUCAAGGUUUUUGUGGCCAGUCCAAACAAAACACAGCCCAUCGUGGAGAUCCUGUUGAAAAACCAACCCAAGCUAAUUGAGUUUCUGAGCAAUUUCCAGAAAGAAAGGACGGAUGACGAACAGUUCACUGAUGAGAAGAACUACCUGAUUAAGCAAAUCCGAGACUUGAAAAAGCCAACAGCUUGAAGAACUCCACUCGUUUUCCACUGUAGGCAUUAAUCUCAUUCGUUAAGUUCCUCCGUGUCCCUUAAACACCACGAUAGUGCUUGAGAAGGCACAAGUGCCUGUUUUUUUUUAUUUUGUCUUUGUUCCUAGAUGUCAAGAGUAUAGGGGUUUUACAUGGAAACUAAAAAAUAAAAUAAAAAACCUAGAAUAAUAUAUUAUUUUUAAUCAAGACUAUAAUUAUUUAUGUCAGUUUAGAACCUGUUUGUAAUAGAAGCUGGUUUGACAGAUUUCUCUGUUUGUGCUCAAGGAGGAUGAACCUAUUUUGCUUAACUUUAUCGGCAAACUUGAGCUGUUGCUGAGUGCACAAAGGAGGUCUUCUGAGGACUAAUGCUCUUCCUUUGCACCUGUAGUUGUGACUUUGGUUUAGUGCUGCACACACACAAGACUGUGAAAGAGUACAUUUGUCUCUGGAGUUACCUGCAGUUAGAGAUUCUGUUCUUUAGUCAAAACAGCAGGAGAUAAAAGCAGUAAAGGUCACGUUUUCGCUUUAUUUUUGUGUUCUUUCAUCUUUAAGUUUUCCUAUACCCUAGAUCAAAGGUUUUCUAUUCAGUCUGUGCUAGGGAAGUGGACAAAGACAUCAGCCAGAUGAGCUGUUUCUGCCAGCCUCCCAUUUCCCUCUACACCGUCUACCUUGUGCUAGGGCACAGGCUGUUCCCACCAGUUUCUGGCCAGACCGAUGGACCGCGUAGUCACCGGUGGGAGGAAGGCAAGAGCAACCCCUCCCUCUGUCAAGGCCCAUGCAGUAUUGCUAACGAAGUGAUCCUGCUCCUACUAAAGCCAGCAAGAAGUCUGUCCCCAGUGUCAAUGCGUGGUGGCCAGGGCUGUGUGGUUGAACCCCACCGAGUGCUGGCACUGUCGCAGGUCACAGGCUGCUCCUUCGCGCUUCCUGGUGCUGGGAGGGCUUUGGCCAAGAUUUUUACAUCUGGGUGCUGAAAGAAAGGCUCCCGACUGUAAAUGGCCUCAGCCCGAACCACCCAAGUGGCCCCUAGAGUCAUUCGGGGGCUGCACGUGCUCUCAAUGCUGAGAGCAUUUAUCGGAUACCUAAAUCAAGUUGAGACGACCAUUUAGCAGCCGUAGGCACCUCAGGCUGCUUCGUGCCUGGUGUUUUCUGUCCUUGUUCAUUCAGAUGUGAAUUUGGGUUCCGUGGUAGAUUUCAGAAGGGAAAUCAUUGCACUGCUCACGUUUUAAGUUGAAUAAGCUCUGCGGUCCAAACAGUGUUUCCCAGGUGUGUUUGAACAGUUUUUUGUUUGUUUGUUUUUGAGGUGUCUUUUGUAUUCUAGUGGGGAAAAGAAAAUGUUACUCUGAUGCUUUAUUGGGAAGUGGAGUUUGGGAGCAGGGAGUGGAAAUUUCUAGAGUUUUUCUUGACAGCCUAAGUUCUGAGUUUUCCUGUUUGUUGUAAGGCAGUUAUCUAGCUAAAGCUAUAGCUAAUGCUUCAGAUAAAAAAAGUGAAACUGAAUUGUAAAAACAGAACAAGACUUUUUCCUUCAUAAAGUGGUUGUAUAUUGGGGUGACUGAUACUUUAAUUUAUGUGCUUCAGAAAAGAAAUGACACUGAACAGAUUGUAGAGUCACGUUUUUGGUUUUAUUUUUUUUUCAGAUGUGAGAUAUACACAAAAAAUGUACAUCUUAGUUGCCUGGAAUUUAAAAAGAAAAUAUUUACAAGCUAUUAAAGGCAUGAUUACUGAUUACCCUUUA